AUUAAUAUUAAAUUGCGUCACUUCGGGUUUUCUUUCAAACAGUAACACUCAUUGAAAACGAAUUGACGAUGGAGAAUUUAUGGAAGGAAGAAGUGACUGAAUGUGGCGUUCAAUACGUUGACUUAUUUGAAAAAUUAGCAAAAAGUAAAGAGUUGCAGCUAUUAUUUGACAUGGAAGUGCAUAGUGUCCCACUUAGUAAGAAUAAUCAACGAUCUAUUGAGUUGCGUAAUCUGGGAAACGAACAAUUUCAUCUAAAAAAUAUGUCCAGUGCAAUGGAUUACUAUAAUCAAAGUUUGUGUUUUGCUGAAAUCGGUUCGAAAAAUGUUGCAUUGGCAUAUGUCAAUCGAUCGGCGUGCUUUUUUCACAUACAAAAAUACAGAGAAGCUAUUGUUGACAUUGAGCUGGCCGAAAGUGCUUUUAUCCCUUCACACAUGUUGUCGGAGCUGGAGCUGCGUAAACAAAAGUGUCGCGAUUUGAUUGAUACUCAACGCUCUGAAAAUGUGCCAAAAUUAAGCUAUAAAUCAGAUGAGAAUUUCCCGUGUGUGGCUGAGUGUUUGGAGUUGCAACAUAGCAAAGAAUUUGGUCGAUAUUUUUCGGCAAAAUGUGACAUUCCGGUUGGAAAAAUUGUGGUGGCCGAAGAGAGUUUCAUUGGUGCCAGAAAAAUAAAUCAAUCCAUUGGCUGCUGUAAUUGUCUUCAAUUGAAUAUGAAUUUUAUUGCAUGUCAACAAUGCAACGCUGCUGUAUUUUGCACGAAAAAGUGCAUGCAGCAAAAUGUGACCCACAAAUGGGAAUGUGGAAC